AUGAGCUCAUUAACAAAUCUUGGAAGGACAGAUAAAGAGAUGAACGAAGAAUGUAUUACAUCAAAGGGUACAUUGCGUGAAGAGGAAUAUGCUCCAUGUGCACAGAAAAUUGACUACGCAAAGAAUGUAGAAGAAGGUUUUAAUAAAUUCACAAAGAAAAAUAACCAACCGGAUGAUACGAAAGAAGAAAAUAAAUGUUUUCCACCUCAUAAUGAUUGCGACCAAGUGAUAGACAGUAUCGUGCAAAUGGAUUAUAAAAAAAAUCUUACCAGCUCUUGUGACAGGAAGAAAACAGAUAAUAAAGAUAGACCUGGAAGUAUAACACAGACAAAUAAUACAGAUGAACAUAUGAACAUAGCGCAGACAGUUCAUAAAGACGCAAUUGUGCAUGAACAUGGACGUGCAAGGGCAAACAUUCUAAUUAACAAGGAGAAAGUGCGCAAUGAAAAGUGUAAAAAAGGUGAUCUGUGUCAAGACAAAAUUAGAAAGAAUCCUUUUACAGGAAUGAAGGGUAGGAGACAAAUAGACACCACGUCAGUAGGUGUAAAUGAGAAAAAUGUGUCAAGUGCACAAUUAAAAAAAAAAGAUGGACAGGAAAGGGAAAACGAAAAAAAAGUCCUCAAAUCGGACGAAGUGGACGCAAAAAAAAUCCCCAAAUCGGACAAAGUGGACGAAAAAAAAAUUGAACAUUUUGGGGAACCACAAAAAACACAGAACAGUGAUUGUUGCGGAAAAAAGAAAUCCCAUGAUGCACCCGAAGGCAAAAAUUAUUUUUCCCUUUCAGAAAAAAAAGGGAAUGAAAAUGAAAACGUUAUGGAAGAGCUGAAGAGCAUAAAUGAAACAAACGAAAAUUUAUUUAAAUUCUCUGAUAAUAAUUCGUCUGCAUGCAUUCGUCGUAAUAUUGUAAAAAAAAAAAAAAACAAUAAUAUUUCAUCAUUUCAUCCUUGUAAAACAAAUACAAAUGAGGAUGAAAUAAAAUGUAGCAUUUUUACAAAUUCCAACCAACAAUGUGAUAAAAUAGAAGAAAAAAAUUCACGUGGAAAAUCUAUACACAAUUUGAUUAAUGACACUAUAACACUUCGAGGAAAGAAUUUUUCGAGACCAAAAAAAAAAGAUCUUAAGGAGGAGUACCAAAUCGAUAAAAAAAAUAAAAAUAUAAACGAAAAAAAUAUAGAAAAAUAUGCCAUGCAUGAGGAAGGCGUUGAUGAUAUUGAAAAUUAUGCAUAUAAGCAAAGCAAAAAUAAUAACAUUCACAAAAAAAAUGAAACUACAUUGUUAAAUCCAAAAUCUAAUGAUAAGAAAGAAAAUUUACAAAAAUCGGAAAAAAAUACAAUGGUAGAAUCGUCGUCUUACAAAAAAAGAAAAAUAUUGGAUGAAUUUCCCACACAGAAGGUACUUGUUACAACCAGUGAUUCUUCAAGUAGGGAAAUCUGUAAGGAAAAGUGUUCUUCGUAUGGAGGAAAUUCCUUAUUUGGAGACAUUUGUCCGCCUCAAAAUAUGGAUACCCAAAAUCCGGAACAAAUAAUAAAUACUUUUUCAACAGUUAAAAAAAAAAAUCUGGAAGAAAAAAAUAAACAAAACAGAAAUUCGAGCAACAUGGAAACAGACAUGCUUGAUAUUCAUGGACCAUUGGUAAGAAGCACGUCUGGACGCAUCUUGCCAAACAAAGAAGAAAUAAAAAAAUUCAUUUUAUCAGUUGAAAAAUCGUGUAAUGUAGAGGAAAAAAAAAAAAAAAAAAAUGCACAAAAAAGGGAAUACUUGGGAAAUAUUAAAAACAGGCAGGAAGAAGAAAAGGAACAAGGGGAAGGACAAGAAGUAGGGGAGGAAGAAGAUGACGCUGAUGCUGAUGCUGAAAGAGCAGAAGAAGCAGUUAAAAGGAGUUCCUUUUUAAUCUCCCUUUCAUCAGAUAGAAAUUUAAUGCAGGAUAAUAAUCUAAAGGGGGAAACGGGUACAACAUACAACUUACCUCUUUGCUACAAUUCAAAUAUAAUUUACCAAGACGAUAAAAAGAAUUACGACGAAAAUGGAAAUAAUAAUCAGCUACUAAAUUUGAGUGGCGAAAUUUCCUUUUCAUUGAAUAACAACGACUUAUUUGAGAAGGGAGACCAGGUAGCAGUAAAUGGAUGCAAAGGAUUUCAUGGGCAGAAUAAAAUGAAUUUUUUUGAAAAAGACCUCCUCCACUACAAUAAUAGACAAGAGGAGGAGAUAAAUAAUCCAAUAGUAUCAGAUGGAAGAACCAAAGACGUCUUAAUCAUGGGAGGGAACGAGGUUCAAAGUACACGAAACGUGGAAAUACGUACAGAAUCUCUUCUUUUGAACGACCCAAGAUAUGAUGUAAGCCAAAGUUACAAGGAUACACAUAUUUAUAGCGAAUUGGAAAAAUAUAAAAAUAAUUUCCAAUCGAAUCUAUACAAUUCUAAGGAAAAUAUAAUGAAAUUGUUGAAUUCCAAAAUUGAAGAUUAUCAUAGAGGAGAGGAAAACGAAAAGGAAAAGUGUAAAACAGAUGAAGAUAAUCUUGAUAUUAUUGAUAAUAUUGAUGAUCAAGCUAGCCAAGCUGACCAAGCUGACCAAGCUGACCAAGAUGAUGUGGUUGCUUCUCCUAAUAAUAAAUUAUGUGAAUACAGAAAUGAAGGAAAUCAAAGUAAUCACAAACAUUAUGAACGGAACUAUUUUAUCAAUUUGGGUACAAACCACAUUCAUAGUGACAUCUCCUCCCACUAUGCUAAUGAGUACCGCAUUCUUGGAUGUGCAUCAAGUGAUUACACAAAUGCGAAUAGAAGAAAUAACCAUUUGAUAGACAACCCUCAUGAAAGUAUAUUUUGUAUUGAAGAAAACAUAAAAAACAGAUACAUGGAAUAUGUCAUUAGGAAUAAAUUAAAUGUUGCAAUAGAUUCACCAUUAGUUAAUGAUAACGAAUUAGUAAAAAAAACAUAUGACAAUCAAAUUAAUGGUCCUAAAAUUUAUGAACAGAUAGAUGUUUCAUACCAGGGAAAUAAAAAAAAUCCAAAAGUAUGCAACGGUUGCAUUCGCGACAUAUAUAAUUGCAACAUACAGUGUAUAACGAGUAACCAUACAGAUAAAAAAUCUUCAUCAUGUAAUGACAGAGUAGCUCUUAACACUCAUCCGCACAAACACGUGGAAAAUAUAGAGAUAAUUCCAACAAUUAACGAUAGUUCCAUGUCUUAUAGAAAAAAAGAAAAUCUUCUUCAAAAUGGUCAACUGUGUGAUGAGCAAAAUGGCUUACACAGCGUUGAACAGAAUAAUAAUUUAGAUGAAUGUUUUAUUAACAAAAUGGAAGAUAAACAAAUCCAUACAUGUAGACAUGAUAGAAGUAUGCUUGACUCAGAGAUGAACACCGAUAAUCAUGUCACUGUGACAGAUAUUCCUUCCACUUCUUUGCAAAGUCCUACUCGAAAGGGACUAUUGCUUGGCAACAAUAAAACAUUCAAGGAUCAUGUAAAUUCAGACACAAGACACAUCUCAAAGAAGCAAAAUUUGGACAUUGCAUUUAUGAACACCACAAUUUCUCAAUUGCUAAAGGAUUUAGAAGCCUCAAGGAAUCAAGUUCAGAUGAUUCAUACAAAAAACGCAGGGACUAACUUGGAGGAGAGUAUAGACCCAAUAGACAAGAACAAUCACAAGGAAUCAUGUGUAUCUGUUUUUACUGAAAAAAAGGGAGAUGAAAAGAAUUUGAAAAAUGAAGAUAAAAAAAUUGGUGUAGAAAAAAUGUGUCAAGGGAAUGAUCUAACCAUUCCGGAAAAUGGAUUAUCCGUAUGUGCUUCUUUUCCACACUCUGAUGAUUCACAAGAUAGAAUAACAAACCGAAGCAGCAGUAUUAGCACCACUGAUGGAAGAACCGAAAUGGCAAAUCUCCCAUCCCAGAUUCGUGAGCAGAAGGUUGAAUCAGAAUUUCUCCUUUUAGACAAUCAGCCUGAUGUAUUCCCGAAUGGAAGUUUAUUCGAUUUUAUUAGUCAUGAUAUAUCAAAUGAAAGCAUUUUAGGAAUGAAUGAAAAAAUGGAUUCUGAUAAGUUGGAUAAUAUUAUAGAAGAGGAUAAAUCAACUCAUAUGUGUAAUGUGCAAGUUUUUGUUACACAGAAUGAUAGCACAAAGGAUGAUAAUCAAAAAGAUUCAGUAUCCUCCAUCCAACAAAUGAAUGAAGCAAUAACAAGUGUCCCGGAAGAUAAGCGACAAAAUGGUGAGUAUGAGAACGGGGAUUACAAUCAAAGAGAAGAAAUAAUUUUAGAAAAUGAAAAAGGAGAUAAGAGGGAUAACUCAAAUUUUUCUGCAAAUUAUUUAACAGGAAGAGGAAAGAACCCCACAGGAAGGGUAAAAGGAGGAACUGCAUUUUCAGAAUUUAGCAAAUUUACCUCAAUUGGUCAAAAGGUUGUAAAAGAAAACAAUACCAAAGGAUAUGUUCUGAACUGGCCUGGAGCGCAUGGAGAAUAUUGUGAAAUAUUAUCUGUACAUGAAGCGUUAGAUGAAAGCAGAAGUAGAUGUGGUGAUGAUGAUAAUGGUGGUGAUGAUGAUAAUGGUGGUGAUGAUGAUAAUGGUGGUGAUGAUGAUAAUGGUGGUGAUGAUGAUAAUGGUGGUGAUGAUGAUAAUGGUGGUGAUGAUGAUAAUGGUGGGGAUAAUGUCAUUGGUGUUGGAGGGGGAGAUUACAUAUGUAGUACUACAUCUUCAACAAGCAGAAGUAACAAAUGCAGCCAAAACCGUGUGAUGGAAGGGCACCAGAAGGAUGAUACUUCAACUAAUAGGAGUAAAAGUGAAGAGACAAAAGGGAAUGAAUCUUUUACUGCACCUGCUCUAAGUGCUAAGCUCGGGUCGGGAGGAGAGGUAAGAAAAAGUAAACAAAGGUCUUCAAAUGCUGAAGAUAUUAGACAGGAUAAUAAACUAGAUGACGAGGAAUUAAGUUGUAACUGGAUAUUAGAAGAUGCCACACUAGAGAAGGAGGAGAAAUGGGAAGAAAAUGAUAACAAAGAUAAUCCAAUGAAAGAUGAAAAAAUAACAAUAGUAAUUGUAAAAAAUGAGAAAGACAAGAAUAGAAAAGGAAAUGCUAUUACAAAAAAUGACAUAUCAAUUAAAGAAAAAGAUGAAAAUGAUAGAUUGUCUGUUUAUGCAAAUCAUCGUGUAGAGGCAGAAAAACUUAAUAGGGAUAUACCAUAUAUUACUAAUAUAUAUAAAGAAAUGCACAGAUCUCCAGUUAUGCCAUUACGAAUUGAAGCUUUUCAUUCUUUAGAAGAUCAAAGAUUAAUGUAUGGAAGACCAGAAUGGCAAAAAUUUUUAUGCCCAUUGUGUGAUAAAAUGUAUUAUCCACCAAAUAGCUACAUAAAAAAUUACAAACAUUAUCUAAAUGAGCAUUGGAAAAAUAGAAAAAUUUUAGGUGGAUAUAUUAUAUUCCCAUGCAAAUUAAUUCAUAACGGUGUUGAAGGAGAAGAAACAAACAAUGAGUAUUCAAGAAUUAGCAAAAAAAUGCAAAAAAAAAAAAAAAAGAAAAAAAAACUUUUUAUAGAUCCACAUUAUCACUGUCCCAUAUGCAUAAAUAUUCACUUUCCUGAAUAUACUUUACUAACUGAACACUGCAUCAAAUUACAUAAAUCUUCCGCUGCAGAUCCAAAAAGAACACUUCCAUCAGAUGUUGUUCAUACGCCUUUUACAAAUAGCAAUGAUUACUAUUGUGCAUUGAAGAAAUUCGGGUCAGAACAAAAUAUUAACAUAAUAUCGGAAAAUAAAUGUCACAUAGAUGCAGAUUCAGCAGGCAACAUCAAUGGAGAUUCUACAUGUCACAGAUCCCCUUUGCACCUUCCCGUGAGUGCUACCGAAUCUGUGGGAUUGCAAAAAAGCAGCAAUCAUAAUAAUGAAAAGAAUAAAAAGGCAAAGCAUAGAAGAACGAGUAAGGUAAUAUUUUGUGAUGAAAUUCAGGUGAGGGAGUACGACAUUGAGUUGUCAAGAAUUGAGAAAUUUGGCGCUAGUAUUGGUCCUGUAUUUACGGAGGAAAAGGAGGAAGAACCCGCAGAAGUGGCAAGAAAUGAACCCGCAGAAGUAGUACUUGAUGAAGCUGAGAAGAACAGCAAAAAUGGCAUGUUAAGUGAAAGCAAAAUGAUAACAAGAAUUGCAUCGCGUUUAGAGGAAAAUACAAAUAAUAAAGUCACGACCAGUAAGGAGAAAGUUCCAUCAGGUAAUGAAAAAACACAGAAUCAAAUCAAAGAAAAAUGCUUUUGGAAUAAAGGGUAUACAAAUGAAAUUCUUCCUAUGAAAGAAGAUGAAUGCCUGGAAAAUGGCAUCACACAUAUACACUUAGUAGAAGGACAUCAUCAUGGUAAUGACAGUAAGGAAGACAUUAUUUUGAUUGCAGAAAUGGAAAAGCAAAAGGAAGACGAUUUAAAGAGACUACUAAUAAAUAAUGUGGAAUGGAAAAUAUCCGAAAGAAGAAAAAACAAAAAACAGGAAGAAGAAGAAGAAGAAGAAGAAGAAGAGGAAGAACAAAAAGGUAAAUAUUCCUUAAGUCAGAAUAAUAUAAAUGGAGAUUAUAGUAAAGGCAUUAUUCCCCCCGAUCUAGACCAUGUAAUAUUAUCAAAUGAUAAAGGAGCAGAAAAAAGUAGUGAUAACUCGAAUACAUGUACAGAAAAAAAUAUCGAAUAUAAGAACUGGGCCCAUGAUCAUAUACAUGAAGAAAAUAUCGUACCAUCGUUUAGAAAUUAUGGAGAGGAACUGAGAAAUGAUGAAAAGGUAGUAGUACAAAUUCAUAGCCAAAUGGAGGGAACUCCAAGUAAUCAUGUUGAAUUUGCAAAUAUGAAAAAUCAAGACGAAUUAAGUAAACAUUCUGAAGCAGAAUUUUAUCUAGUAUCAACAAAUCAUGAACGCAAGAACAUAAAUGAAAAUAUUAAAAUAGAUAACCCAUCUCGAAUUGAUAGUCUGAAUGAACUUUUAUCGUCCUUAUUUAGUAUUGAUAACACUCCCACCGAGAAGAAUGAGCAGCAAUCAGUUCCAUUUCCUUGUCUCCUAUACGAAGAAAGCCUUCAAAUUAAGGAACAGCCACUUAAUGAAAUAUUGCUUGAAAACAGAAUCGAAAAUAGCAAAGAAAAUAUAUUCAUUCCUAUGAAUAAAAAAAAUGGUAAGCGUGUGAUAAAUGAAACGGAAAAUAUUCACAAACGAAUCAUAUCAAAAUAUAAGAGGAAAAUAAAAAUAUGUGCAAUAAAAGACCAAAAAAAAGAAUCCACGUCUUUUUUCGAUCUGAAAAAGUAUGAAAAUGUGUAUAUCCCACCGAAAAAUUUGACUUUAAAUAUGAGCCCUGAAAAGGGAACACAUAUUUUGAAGAAAGUAAUCAGACAUAAGAAAAAGGAAAAAAUACCAUCUCUCCAGUUCAGUUGUAGGCAGAGUGCCAGGAUAAAGAACAGAAACAAAUUGGCACAGUAG